AUGUUCUCCAAGUCGACUUUCGUGGCAGUUACCCUGCUCGGCCUGUCCGCCGUUGAAGGACACAUGAUCAUGUCCAAGCCUGUUCCUUACGGCAAAGAUACUCUCAACAACUCGCCCCUGGCGGCUGACGGCAGCGACUUCCCUUGCAAGCUUCGUUCCAACACCUAUCAAGUCACCGAAUGGAACAAGGCAGCUGUUGGCGAGAGCAUGCCCCUGACCUUCCAGGGCAGUGCCGUCCACGGUGGAGGAUCCUGUCAGAUUAGUCUGACCACGGAUCUAGAGCCUACCAAAGACUCAUCGUGGAUGGUCAUCAAGUCCUUUGAGGGCGGCUGUCCUGCCAAUGUUGACGGAAACCUCCCCGCAAAUCCCAAUGGCGUGGAUCCAUAUUCCUUCAACUACACUAUUCCUGAGGGAAUCACUCCUGGCAAAUACACUCUGGCCUGGACCUGGUUCAACCGCAUCGGCAACCGCGAGAUGUAUAUGAACUGCGCCCCUCUUGAGGUCACUGGCGGCUCCAGCUCCAAGCGUUCCCGCGUGAUGCCGAAAUUGGAGGAGCGCUCAUCCAGCUUCCCUCCCAUGUUCGUCGCCAACGUCAACGGCUGCACUACCAAGGAGGGUGUCGAUAUCCGCUUCCCCCAGCCUGGUGCCGAUGUGCAGUACCUUGGUGAGGCCAGCAACUUGGCACCCGAGGGCAGCGCUGCCUGCACUGGUACUGCUACCUUUGGCGGUGCCGGUGACACGAGCUCUGGGACCAGCUCUGGUACGAGCUCCAGCUCUGGCUCCGGCUCGGGUGCUGCAUCGAGCGCAGCUGCUGCCGUCUCUAGUGCGGUCGUCGCCAACGCCAAUGCAAACACCGGAUCUUACAGUGCCUCAACUACCACGGCCGCUGCAAACACCGCUUACGCGGCGCCUCCAGCAGCAAGUUCUGCUUCGUCUGGAUCUGCUUCCGGCUCUUCGGCGGGAUCUUCGUCUGGAACUUCUUCCGGAGCUUCCUCCGGAGCUUCCCCUCAAGCUUCCGCUGGAUCGGGUUCUUCUGGAUCCGGCAGCACUAGCACAUCGACCUCUGGUGCCCUGUCCGGCUCUUGCAGCACGGAGGGCCAGUGGAACUGCAUCAAUGGCUCUUCCUUCCAGCGUUGCGCCAACGGCAAGUGGACCGCUUCCCAGGCUAUGGCGAGCGGCACCCAGUGCACGCCAGGCCAGAGCGCCGACCUCUCCAUCGCUACUGCCAAGUCUAAGCGCGAUGUGACUGAGAUGCGCGCCAGACGCCGUGCCCACGGAGGUCAC